GGUGGCGGCGGCGGCGGCGGCGGUGGCGUCCGAGGCUGCCGGCUGCUGAAGGCUGCUCCAGACACCUGCGGCGGCGGCGGUGGCGACCCCGCGGCGGGCGCGGAGAUGUGGCCCCUGCUGGCGGCGCUGUUGUUGGGUUCGGCGUGCUGCGGUUCAGCUCAGCUGAUAUUUAAUACAACAAAAUCAAUAGAGUACACCAUUUGUAAUGAAACUGUUGUCAUUCCAUGCAUUGUUACUAAUUUGGAGCCAAAGGACAUUGUUGAGAUAUAUGUAAAGUGGAAAUAUAAAGGAAAACCCGUUUUGAGUUUUGAUGGAUCUAACCAGAAGACCCUUACCUCCAGUGGAUUUCGUAGUGCAAAAAUCUCACAAUCAGAUCUGCUGACAGGGAUUGCCUCUUUGACGUUGGAUAGAAGAGAGGCCGUUGUGGGAAACUACUCUUGUGAAGUAACAGAAUUAGCCAGAGAAGGUGAAACCACCAUAGAACUCAAGUAUCGUGUUGUGUCAUGGUUUUCUCCAAAUGAAAAUAUUGUAAUUGUGAUUUUCCCGAUUUUGGCCAUACUUCUAUCCUGGGGACAAUUUGGUAUUGUGACACUUAAGUAUAAAUCCAGUCAUCCAAGGGAGAAAACCAUUCUUUUAUUUGUUGCUGGACUAGCUCUCACUAUAAUUGUCGUCGUUGGAGCCAUUCUUUUCGUCCCAGGUGAAUAUUCAACAAAAAAUGCUUCUGGACUUGGUUUAAUUGUAAUUCCUGCAGUGAUACUAAUAUUACUUCAGUACUGUGUUUUAAUGUUAGCUAUUGGGAUAACCUCCUUUACCAUUGCCAUAUUGAUCCUUCAGAUGCUGGGCUAUGUGCUCGCUUUGGUUGGACUAAGCCUCUGCGUCUCAGAGUGCACCCCAGUGCAUGGCCCGCUUCUGAUUACAGGUUUGGGUAUUAUAGCUCUAGCAGAAUUACUUGGAUUAGUAUAUAUGAAAUUUGUUGCUUCCAAUCAGAAAACUAUACAACCUCCUAGGAAAGCUGUAGAGGAACCCCUUAAUGCAUUUAAAGAGCCAAAAGGAAUGAUGAAUGAAGAGUAACUGAAGUGAUGGACUCUUCGGAGAUCAGUAAGAUGUGAAAGCACUCGUUGUAUUUAAGCACCAUGGCCUUGAUUCACUGUUCAAGAGAAGACAAGAAAAACAAUGGUUUUUAUUUGUGUGGGAGAAAUAAAUCAGUGACCUUUAAAUGAUUGUUACGGUUAAGUUUUUUAUUCAAAGUAUCUGUAAUUUAGUUAAUAAAAGAACUAUGAUCCGUAGUGUGUACCCAA